AUGCCCUUGACUUUUGGCUCUCCUUUGGAUUCAGAGUCUAGCGAAGUAUUCAUGCCAUUAUACACAGGUAAGAGGAAAAGAACACGGACAAUACCUGCCAAUGGGAAACCAUACUUGAGUGGACCUUCGGAGCAGGAUAAUUUAGAUAUGUUUGAUAGGGAGCAAUUAGUGAAGCUGCUGAUUCACGCAUUAAAAGAGCUCGGCUACAAUUUUUCCGCACAAGCAUUGCAAGAAGAGACUGGAGGAAUACAGGUCGAAUCCACUGUAGUUCAAAAGUUGUUCAAUAUCAUACGCCGAGGGAACUUUGAAAGUAUCACUCUUCAAUUGCUAUCACAGCUACCUUUGAAAUAUGGAUCUUUAGGUCUACAAGACGUCAUUGAGGAUCUACAGGUUGGCAACGAUUCGUCUUCCGAUUUAACGGAGCAGAAUUCGAUGAAGAAUGGAAAUGUUGUAUCAGAAUCGACAGAUUGGGACAAAGUGGUACACCAAAUGGAGCAACAGCUGAAGGCUUUCGAAAAUUUUGUGCCAUUGUCAGGCAGAAACUUUAGCUCUCAAACACUCCUUCAGUUGACCACUCUAGUGGAAGUGAUGGUAUUGAUCAACAAGGAAAUAUUUCUGGAACUGCUUUUUGAUCAAAGAGAUUCUCAUAUGGCUGUAGCAUUUUUACGCAACUGUCUGCGGAAGUUUAUCGAAAUAUGGGAUUCGCUCCUCGCUCUAAGGAAUGAUAUGCUUGAUGAAGACGCCCCAUUCACACCAGAAAAGUUAUUAAAGGACAUGACGACAAUUUUGACAAGCCCAGAAACCUCAAUUUUGCAAUCUUCCACAUGGCAGGGUUCUGCUGCUAAGUCCCGAGACUUACUACUAGAGGAAAUUUCGAAUUACAUUAAUCCGAACGAUUUAGUGCCUCGAAACCGACUUUUAACUUUAUUGAAACAAGCUAUAAAAUACCAGCGCUCUCAGGAUGUUCUUUACAUAUCAGACGAUGGAGAGAACUUAAUUAUGGAUGACGGGGAAGAUGGAGAAAGAAGCACUGGCCUGUUCAAUCAUAAGUUCAACUUAUUACAAGACAAUUCAUCGAAUUUCCAGCAGAUUAAAUUUACAGAAGAGAAGACUUUGGUGCAAAACGUGGACGAGAUAUGGUUCUUACAAUUUUCCCCUAAUGGCAGAUAUUUAGCGAGCGCCACCGCAGAUUCUCUCACCGAUCGUAAAAUUAUGAUUUACGAUGUUAAGAAUGACUUUCAGGUCUACAAAGUUCUGGCUGGAAUAGACCUCUGCGUACUUUAUCUUUCAUUUUCGCCUGACAGUCGCUACAUUGUUUCCUGUCCGUUCAACAAGAAGGCGAACAUUUAUGAUAUUCACUCAAAAGGAGAACCCACGUUCAUCAAUCCAACAGUAGAAGGUGCCAUUGUUGCUGAGAUUAUUCAGCCCAUCGAUUCUUUUCAAAUACCUGCAAGUACUCCUUCGACGUCAAACAAUAGCAGCGAACCUCCCAGGAUAUGGUGUUGUGACUGGUUUCACACGCCUGAGCAUGAAGGGAGAUUCAUCGUAGGAUCGCCUGAUCGCGAAGUGGUAGUGUACGACCUAAAGAGCAAAACAAUACUAAUGAAGUUGUCUUCCUCAACAUCUACCUCUCCGAACGGCAUAGCCAGCGUGAACCAAGGAGCAGCGGAGCAGUUUCCCAGAGUUCAUGAUUUGAAGAUAACUGCUGAUGAUAAGUACCUAAUUCUGAUGCCCCAUCAAGGAAACAUUGAUGUUUACGACUUAUCAGAUUUCCCAAAUAAUGAAAAGAUUGAAAAAAAUGAAGUCGCUAUAGACAAAGUUAUACUGCCAAGAGUUUCUAGGUUUAACAUCCCUAAUAGGAUGACUUGCAUUUCUCUCCCGCAGGUCAAGGAUCCCAACAGCCCAUUAGCCUCCCUUAUGCUUGUCAGUCUAAAAUCAAAUGAGCUACAGCUCUGGGAUUUUCGUGAGCAAAUCUUGAUCCAGAAGUAUUUUGGUCAGAAACAGGAGCAAUUUAUCAUACGGUCAUGUUUUGGUUAUAACGAUAAACUGAUAGCUAGCGGAUCAGAAGAUGGGAAAAUAUACAUUUGGGAUAGGAUCAACGGAAAUAUCAUUGGUGUCUUGACGGCUCACGUCGCUGAAAGGCCCGCAACAAGUGGGAAUAAUAAGAAAUCUACAAAGACUUGUAACACAGUCGUGUGGAGCCCAACUGACAAAAAGCUUUUUGCGUCUGGGGGUGACGAUGGUUAUAUAAAGAUAUGGAGGGUUGAGAAGGAGUAA